AUGUCAUUGAAACCAAAAGCUAGAAGGUAUUCAAGAAUUUCUCCAAAUCACAGCGAUACUUCGUUUAUCAGUCCAUCAAUUGAAGAAAACUUACAAGAUGUUACAAGCCUACAAGAGAAUUUUAAAUCAAAAUUAGAUCUAGAUAAUUUAAACAUAUCAACCGACUCAAUUCCAAAUAGAUUAUCUACCGAUUUACCUGUAAGGUCACCACUAUUAUCAAAAUUUAGCAAUUCUUUAUCGGACAUUCCAAUAUUAUCCCCUGAUCUGCCCUAUUAUAGUCCAUCACCUCAAAUAAACGAGCAUUCGAAAAUGAAUACUUCAUCAUAUAUCCCACCAUGGACAGAACCUUAUAUAAUUGGUAUAGCAGGAAAUUCUGGAAGUGGUAAAACUUCUAUCUCGCAACAAAUAAUUCAAGGUAUAAAUCAACCAUGGACAGUUUUACUUUCAUUUGAUAAUUUCUAUAAAUCAUUAACUCCAGAAGAAAGUAAAAAAGCAUUUCAAAAUGAAUAUGAUUUUGAUACUCCAAAAUCACUAGAUUUGGAUGCCAUAGUUGAAACUAUACAAAGUUUGAAAAAAGGUGGGAAAGCGACUAUUCCAGUUUAUUCAUUUGCUAAACAUGCGAGAACUGAUAGAACUAAUACUAUAUAUGGAGCCAACGUUGUUAUAGUGGAGGGACUUUACGCAUUAUAUGAUGAAAGAUUAUUAUCAAUGAUGGAUUUAAAAAUUUAUGUUGAUACAGAUUUGGAUAUUUGUUUAUCAAGAAGAUUAAUUAGGGAUAUUUUGUAUCGUGGGAGAGAUUUAAGUGGGGCCAUAAAGCAAUGGCAAAAUUUUGUAAAACCAAAUGCUGUAAAAUACAUCAAUCCAACUAAAGAAGUUGCAGAUUUAAUCAUACCUAGAGGUUUAGAUAAUUCUAUUGCUAUAAAUUUAAUGAUUAGACAUAUAAAGAAUCAAUUGAUAGCAAAAUCAAGAAAACAUUUGCAAAAUUUGAAAAACUUAGGUUUAAGCAAUACUUUCCACGUUAAAAGUCUACCAAAUUUGAAAAUCUUACCAGUAACAAAUCAGUCAAGAGGUAUAAAUUCUAUUAUUUUAGACGUCAAUACCUCCAGAAAUGAUUUCAUUUUUUACUUCAAUAGACUAUCCGGUAUACUAAUAGAAUUCGCUCAAAUGAAUUUAUUUGACUUUGAGUCAAUGGAUGUUGUAACUAAAGGUAAUCAUAUAUACAAAGGAUUAAAAUCAAAACAAAAUCAACAAGUAGCAGUAAGUAUAAUAAGAAGUGGGGAUUGUUUUAUGUCACCUUUGAAAAAGACUUUUCCAGAACUAACAGUGGGUAAAAUGCUUAUCCAAAGUGAUUCAUCAACAGGUGAACCUCAAUUACAUUUUGAAAGUUUACCCAAAAAUAUAAAUGAAAUAGGUAAAAUAAUGUUAUUUGAUUCACAAAUUAUAAGUGGAGCAGGAGCAAUAAUGGCAAUACAAGUAUUGAUAGAUCAUAAAGUUGAAGAAAAAAACAUCAUAUUCAUAAGUUAUUUAUCAACAGAAAUAGGUAUAAGAAGAAUAUUAAAUGUUUACCCAAAUGUUAAUUUAGUAAUUGGUAAAUUAUCAUCAAUGGAAGAGAUUAAAGAUGAUUGCGACCUAAAAGAUGUUCCUUGGUAUAAUGAAGAAAGAUUUUGUGAUACUAAUUGGCAUUUUAGAAAUAGAUUUAUAGAUAGUUUAUAUUUUGGAACUGAUUAG